GCAGUUACAAAAUCUGUCAGAGUACCGUCGUACUGAUGCCCUGGAAUGCUUCUCCCGUGUUCAGGAGUACAUUUGAAGCCCAGAAGAUGUCUCUGACACUGCACCACCAUUCACAUGUUUACUAGACUUUCUGUUGUGAACGUCAUGCUUGAACUGCACGUAGCCGACUUGUUUAAGACCUCAACGAAUGAACGUCGUUUGUAAUUUGUAAUCCGCACUACGAUCUGAUAACGUUGGAAUGGAGAUUUGAACCGGCCGCGAAGAUAAGUCCUUCUGUUUUGGAUGCCCGUGUGAUCAACGUCCAUUCCGUUGACAACUAUAGACGUGUUUUCAGACUGAGGAACAUGCUGAAGAAUAUGAUUGCCUCAGCAUCGCUUCGGGUCGAUGAGGGAGAAGAUAGGCCAAAAUCGUGUAAGCUCAGACCUCAACAUCUCUUUCAGAUUCUGCCAUCACCGGAAUACAUCACCAUUUCAACAGUUUGCAGCAGUUGACAUGUCGGAGAUUGAGGAACAUGCUGAAGAAGAUGAUUGCUUCAGCAUCGCUUCCGGUUGAUCGAGGGAGUAGAUCGGCCAAAAUCGUGGAAGCUCAAGGCUCAACAUCUCUUUCAGAUUUCGACAGAUUCUGCCAUCACUGCCGUACAGUUUACAGCAGUUGACAUGGCGGAGGCACGCGUCCUCUUGAUUGCUUUUCCGAGCCAGGAGAAUGUUGCAGCUUGUUGUAGGCUGGCAUUGGGUCUUACGUCCAAAAAUGUGAAGGUGACCUUUGUAGCACUCAAGAAAUAUGUUAAUCAAAUUAAGAAGGUCUUCUCAGCCCCAUCAUUUGGGAACGUCGAAGUUGAGGGUCUGGAGGAACCGAGGAACAGAUUGUUCAACAGGUCCAAGAGCAUGGAAGAUUCAUUCAUGCCUUACUUGAAGAAACUAAUCGACGCGAGAAAUGAUGAGGCCAAAGAAAUCACUUUUACAUGUUUGAUGGCGGAUAGAUACCUACCGUGGUCGAAGGAUGUAGCCAAGAGGUUGGAGAUCCCAUGGUUUGUCUUCUUCGGCAAUAGUGCAAUGGAGGCGCGAAUGCACCAGGUCGCGCACGAAUUACACAUUAAACGGAAACUGAAGGUUAAAGGAGACAGGCUUUCGGGAGUGGAUAAAAUCGUUAAAGCUCCGGGUCUCACGUUUCUGCGGCCCAGGGAUUUGUUAUGGUCUUGUUCUGCUUAUCCUGCAGAAAGCUUGGCAACCGGUGAGUUUCUCAUCGGAGCAGCUGGACUGGUGAUAAAUACCUUUGAGGAUCUGGAACUAGACACAAUCAAUUCGAUCCAGAACGCGCUUCCCAAGCCAAGUGGCUCAGCCAUGGACACGAAGCUAUUCUUAAUAGGUCCUAUGUCAAACGAUAUCACUUCCGGAAGGCUGUCACACUCCGCGGCAGCUGAAGAUGUUUCCACCAGCUGGAUGAGGAUCCCCCCCAUUCAAGUUCUUUUCAGCCGCAAGAGCACUGGAGCGAGGUUCGGAGCUGGAUUUCAGAGGUGUAUCGAAUGGUUUAAUCGACAAAUUCCUUGCAGCGUCCUUUACGUGCACUUCGGCACCAUCUCAAGACUCCAUCCUCAGGAAAUUGUGGCACUAGCUCAUGCGCUGCAGAGCUGUCAGGAAAGGUUUGUGUGGGUUCUCUCUCAAGACCAUACCCACACGGAACUCGCCAUGAUCGCAGACCUUCAAAGACGCGUCGAGGGACGAGGCAGGAUAGUGGGAGGAUGGGUUCCCCAAACGCAGCUGCUGUGCCACCCGUGUGUCGCUGCUUUCCUAUCACACUGUGAUUGGACUUCUUGUCUCGACGCUGUAGUAGCUGGGAUUCCAGUUCUUGCUUGGCCUCAAAUAUCUGACCAGCAUGCGAACGCCAGAUUGCUAUCGAACGUGUUGGAGAUGGCCAUACCAUUGACAAAAAAUAUGGGACAACCACCACCCGCGAGAGCAGGACUUGCAAAUGCAAUAAUGUCAUUCGUUGCCAAUUUGCUUUCUGCGAAGGAGCAACGUUCGUUUCUGGAUGAAAAGGAUAUUGAGACUGGCAUCCGAAUGGUCAUGAGAGGAGACGAAGGAAAGCACGCGAAGCACAGGGCAGUUGUGCUCAGGGGGAAAGCGGCAUCAGCCGUGUAUGAGAACGAGGGAGAGUCGGAGACAAACUGGGAAGCAUUGGUAACCGAGUUGCAGCAUAUUCACAUCUAGUAGAUCGGGCCCGUUGUACGCAUCGCAGCAUCUGGCAUUGGUCGUCAAACUCAAAGUCGGUGAUCCAAUGAAUGAUCAAUUUUCUUUGCCUCGCUGAGAUUAUUCUUCGAGCCGCUAAUGUCUGGUGUAAAUCGACUGUAGCCAAAGAUGGGUCUCGGGAUUUAAGAAUUACCUGGCAAACAUGUGAUCUGAGUCUUCAACCACCUAAAUUGUUAUUCAUUCCUGAAAAUACAUUCAUGAAUUUGCCAGAAGAGAGAAACUGGGAAGCAUUGGUAACCCAUUUGCAGCAGGUUCACAACUAGUAUCUCUGGCCCGUUGUAUGCAUCGCAGUAGCUGGCAUUGGUCGUCAAAAUCCAAGUCGGUGAUCCAAUGAAUGACAAAUAUUCCUUGCCUCGCUGAGAUUGUUUCUUCGAGCCGGGAAUGUCUGGUUUGACUCGAUUGUAGGCAUAGAUGGGUAUCGGGAUUUUAGAAAGAUGUCAUUUGAGUCUUCAACUAGCUCUCUUAUAUUGAUAUUUCAAAUUCCAAUCAGGAGUUUGGCAAAACGUGGCUUCACUCGCUACUCAAAAAUUUGAACGG